AUGGACAUACCUGAUGCAGUUUUGGGAAAACUGAUACUUGUAUCUACUGGAACUGUGUUUGUAAUAUUAGUAUUUUGGAUCAACACUUAUCCAUUUAUUGAUACAGAUUUGACAUUAUAUCGAUACAUUCCUGAUCCAAAGUGGGCACUUUUGUUCUGCGCAAUUUGGGGCUUGUUCUUCAUCGGCGGAUUAAUGUCAUUCACACUUUACCAUAUUUAUCCCUACCUC